GUUGGAAAAGUGCCAACGAUCCUCAUUAAUGAGUGGAGGCAAAUAUGCCUUGAACGAUCAUCAACCUCCUGUAUCCGGAUUCAGCAAAUGGUUUUGGUUGCGGAUUGGGAGCCAUCCGAGCUGCACACUUUUACUGACGUCUUUGGAAAGACACGCUUAAACCCCGCUAGGAAUAUAUCUCUCCCCAGGCUAGAACUUUCGGGUUUACUAUUUAGAGUAAGGCCCUUGAAUUUUGUACUCUAUGAACUUCGACUUCAUUCUUCUCAAGUUUUUUUGUGGUGUGAUUCUAAAUGUUUUUUGGAACGGACAUUUUCGCCAAACUUCUCCCAGUGUUUAUUGAAAAGUGGACCAGAACGGUUGAGCUAUGACCAAGAUAAAUGGCUCCGAAUCUGUUAUAGCACACGAGAAGUUCUUUCUCUGCAUUCAGUAAUGAUAAAAACUAUGGACACCGUUGCUCGUGCUCGAGAUGACUUUUUAGAACGUAUGAACGCUCGUCCUUGA